AAAGUUGAAAAUACCUAAGUUGACGAGUAUCUUCAAAAUAGUGAACUUUCUGAAAAUUUUCUCCUGGCAUUUUUUGCUCCAAACGAAGAGUAGAAUCGAUUCCCUGAGUUUUGUCAGAAGGAACUGGGACACCCCGUAUAAACACUAAAUACUCUGUACAUAUAAUACAAUUAUUGGGUUGUAAAAUCGAGGAAAAGUGUGCAUUUUCAACGAUUAAUAGGUUUUUUUUAUUACUGCAAAGGAAAAACAACAGCUGAGACAGGAGAAAGCUGUAAGUGGUUUGCUUGGUUCAGAAAGAGAAAUUUUCAUUUAGAAAAUGCAAAGAAUUCUAUUUGACCUUCAACUGUUGAUGCUGACCAAAUUAAUGAUUUUGUCACAAGUAACACGAGACAUCGCAGAAACAUUUAACAUAUCUCAACCCGAUUGUUUGAGGCAACUUAAAGUGUUAUUAAAGCGAUAUAUGAGUUGAUAUGUGUUGGAGAAGAAUUUAUUGGAUUGCAUCUGCAAUUCCCUCAUAAAAUGCAAUGUAAACAGCCCAUUUUUAAAAAGAUUGUUAACUUGGGAUGAAAACGAAGUUCUUUACGACAAUGUUCAACGAGGAAAUUCCUGAGGAAAAUGGAAGGACUCUCUGUUAACGACUCUAAAAACAGGAUCAAGUCUCAAGAAGUUAAUGUGCAUUUGGUGAUGUUGGAAAUGGGUGCUAUUUAUGGCCUUUUUCUAACCAAAGACAGCAAUCAACUAAAAACUAUCAGCAAUGGCUAAUCGCAUGGUGAUUUUGUUAUACACCAGGAUAACACGCACAAGAAAUCGUCGGAGCUGGCUGGGAUGUUUUACCCCACACAACGUAUUCGCGUGACAUUGCCCAUUCAGAUUUUUAUUUAUUCGGGGUCUGUAAAACUUUACUUCACUUGAGGAUACUGACGAGUUCACUGCUAAAAAACCUGAGAAGUUCUGGAAGGAUAGAAUUACAAAAAGAAAAUGGCUCAAACAUUAUUGAUUGAAUUUGUUUACUAGUACCUGAAAUUUUGAUUAAAAAACAUAAUGGACUUAUUUUAUAGCCAUUAAAAACAAGUUAGUCUGGUAAGGGUUCAUUCUGCCCCAGAAUAUUCGAUAUUCAUCGAGGUAGGAGAAGAGCCCCUCCAUUCACGCUAAUAAAUACAGUCACCCACUCCAAACUUCAGUCACACUGCCCCAGAAUUCUUAUUCCUUAGUGAUUCCGGAAAUUUGGUUAAAUAUUUUUUCAUAUUCACUUAAUUUGAUGUAUUCCUAUAUAUUAAAUUUAGCAAACCAAUAUUUUCCAUUUCCUCUAAUGACUUAACUACCCUACCUGAGCUACUUAACAAACAGGGAUUCUUAAAACAUCCGGAAAAGUUUUUCAUUUUUAGGAUAAGUUUCUUUUUCUAUAAAGUACUUUGUUCCACACAUUUUUCCUACUGCUUUUGAUUAGUUCCAAUGCCUAUAAUUUAAGCUCAUUAAGGGUCAUAGAGUUUUUUUAAUUAAAACUUUCAGUUGUACUGGACUGGACAUCCACAUCACAGCAAACAUUUGCCAUGUCAUUGUGACUUCUUUGUUACAUUCGAUUGACUAUUUGAUCAGUAGUAAAUUUACCAUUUGUAACUUAAAAGUUGACACAUGAUAUUGUUCAACAAUUUAUUAUAAAAAAUCUCCAUGGAAACAUUCUGAGAGUUAAUUGUAAUUCUUUGUGUGUGAAUACAUUGAGACGAUUUUCUCUGUUCUUUUGUGUUACCGACUUAAUAAGGUGAUUGCUUGAGUUUGCUAAUUUGAAGAUUCAAGAUCGACAGAUUGGAAGACAAUAUUGAUUUAAAUUGUUUUUCAAUUUUCAAUACCCUGCAGUGACUGUAAGUGUACUACUGAAACCGUUGAGAUUUUUUGACAGUGAGACAUAAAAAUAUUAAUUUUAUCCAUUAAUACAGGUUAUUAACAGUAUAUUAAAACUACAACAUCACUUGAUUUGAUAUAGGAAAUUAAAUACAACUGCGUGUUACGCAGUGCAUAAAGUAUAUACAUUGUACUUAUUCAUCACAUCCCUAAGACCAAUUUGCUUUCUUAAAUAAAACACAUUAAAGAAAUGAAUUUUUUCGCGGCUGCAAGUGCUGUUGGAUUUGCCUAUUGCUUGUUCAAUUCUUUUUUGACAAUAAGAGAAGAUAGGCGACAAAAAGAAAAAGAAAGGCGAGCAGCUGAAGAGAGAAAGAAAAGAGAAUAUGCCGAACUAAGAAAGCGUAGAUUCGGCGUGAAACUUGAUUUAUCUGAAAUAAUUCAAAAAUGCAGCGGACCCAACCUUGAGAUACUCGAAAAUAUGGAUGAGGAAACGCUUAAGGAAAUAGUAAAAGCAUGCGGUUUUCAACAAUUCAACGAUGUAACAUUAGCCACCGGCGAGGCUGCUUUGAGAUUCGGUGGAUCACAACUCAUGUUCGACAUUGUGAAUGGAUGCCCUACUCUCGAUAAAGAUGCGGAUAAAUUUCUACUUUUCCCCCCAGCUAAACAGUGAAUUUCUACCUCAUUCAAGACCAACAUUUCGUAUAAAAUAAAGACUUUCUAAUUAUUAAGACUU